AUGACGGGUGAAGUUCAGAGCUCUCCUUACGACAGCCCGCACGACCAAGAUGGAGACGUAGAGGAGAAGAGGAGUACCGACCAAGGGGAGGGCAGCGUCACAACCACGGACAUCAAGCCACCACCGGACCGCAGCCGGGUCCAGACCAUCAUCCUGAUGCUAGCGCUCUGCAUGGCCGUCUUCCUCGCGGCCCUCGAUGCCGUCAUCAUUACAACGGCUCUUCCGACCAUUGCCCGGGAAGUUGGAGCCUCGGACUCGGGCUUCGCCUGGAUCGGCGCCGCGUACCUGCUCGCCAACGCCGCCUCGGUCCCACUCUGGGGUAAAGUCAGCGAUAUUUUCGGUCGGAAGCCGAUUCUCGUCAUCGCCAACGUGGUGUUCAUGGUGGGCAGUUUGGUGUCGGCGCUCGCAGGAACCCUGACGAUGCUCGUCGGCGGACGUGCCGUGCAAGGCCUCGGGGGUGGCGGGCUGAUGGCGCUUGUCAACAUUACUAUCGGAGACCUCUUCAGCCCGCGGGAACGGGGCAUGUACUUUGGCAUGGUGGGCGCGGUUUGGGGACUCGCCAGUGGCAUUGGGCCUCUCAUCGGCGGCGGGCUGACGGAGAACAUCUCGUGGAGAUGGUGCUUCUGGAUCAACCUACCCAUAUCCGGGGUGUCCCUCCUCAUCCUGGUCUUCUUCCUCCGUGUCCAUACACCAAAGACGCCUCUGUUCAAGGGUCUGAUGGCGAUCGACUGGCUCGGUACACUCACGUUCACCGGCGCGACGUUGAUGCUACUCCUCGGGCUGCAAUUUGGCGGGCUCCGGAACCCUUGGGGCUCUCCGACGGUCAUCUGCCUCAUCGUCUUUGGCUGCGUCACCUACGCCGUCUUUGCUCUCGUCGAGCGCUUCGCAAAGUACCCUCUGAUGCCAGGCUCGCUCUUCCACGACAGAUCGGUCGUCUUCUGCUACGUCGCCAACUUCUGCCACGGCCUGGGGUUCGCAGCCAUCGCCUUCUUCCUGCCGCUCUACUUCCAGACGGUCCUCGGCGCGAGCCCGAUCCAGUCAGGCGUGUGGCUACUCGCGACGGCGAUUCCGCUGGCGGUAUGUACUAUUGGCGUCGGCGUGACGAUUAAGAAGACGGGGCGGUACGCCGAGAUCAUACGCGUGUCCAUGGCUCUCACGGCCAUCGCAUUCGGGCUGUUCGUUACGCUGCCGCCGCGACGCGACUGGCCGCGGCUGAUUCUCUUCCAGUUGUUGGGGGCGCUGGGCAUCUCGCCAAACCUGCAGGCGCUGCUGAUUGCGCUGCAGGCGCUGGUGAGGCCGAUGGACGUGUCGGCGGGGACGGCCAUGUUUGCGGUUGUGAGGCACAUCGCGCUCGGGAUCGGCGUGGUCGUCGGGCAGGUCAUCUUCCAGAGCGUCAUGGGGCGGCACGAGCAGGACUUACUGGACGCCGGGGUUCCAGGGGAUGUUGCGGCGAGCCUCGGGAGCGGGUCGACGAUUGCGGCGCACGAGAUGAUAGAGGGGUUGAACGUGCGGCAGAGGGAGGUAGUCCAAGCGGCGGUGACGGACAGCAUCAGCAAGCUGUGGAUCUUCUUCUGCGUUGCGUCGGGGGUUGGUUUGGCGGCAACAUUCUUCAUCAGGCAGGUCGAGUUGAGUCGAAUGCAUACGGAAACGAAGACGGGGCUGGAGGCGGAGGAGGCAAAGGUUGUCGAGGGCCGGAGGGCGAGAGGGGGGGCAAGGCAUGGCGAGGUCUGA